AUGGAGGGCUUCGAUACGAUCACCAUGUCCUACUUGGCAACCCCAAUGUCACUUCAAAACGUAACCGCAGCGGACCAGCAGCUCUCGGUGCCGAUGUUGCCGCUGGACUCUCUCGAUCAACGCUCUAAUUACGACGCGGAGACCUUCGCUGGUAGCGAUGAUGCCACAUUCGGACAGCACGCCAUACAACCUCCUCCACCGCUGAAACGCUUCUCGAGUGCCUACGAAGACCCUUUCUCUGAUGUCCUGAGUGGAUAUGAACCUACGAUCCAUCCCGAGCACAAUGGAGCCCCCGAGAGCCCCAGCAUUGAGCGCGACAACAAGCUGCUCAGCUUCUCCCUACCCAAUGUUCCGUACGCCAUCCUCGACUUUGCGAUGCGACGGGUGUCGAUAUCAAUGUCGGCACAGCUUCACGGCAUGUUUUUCCUUGCCGAGUCGCCCUGGGCGACGGCGGGCGAUGUGGCGGCACCGCCAACCGAGUUGACAUGCUACCGAAGAAACCUCUUUCAAAUAACCGGGACCGUCACCUUGCCGAGAAGCCUUCAGUUCAUCAUGACCGAACAAGGCGACCAAAUCCCCAUACUCGCCCAGGAACUCACAAUUUCUGCCACCGAGUCGCUAGAAGGAAACCCUGUGAAAAUUAUAUCAGUCCCAUGGAAGACGCCUGCAAGCAGCACGGCUGUCGCGGAAGACAAGACGGAGAAAGAGCCUCCGUCAUACCCCCUAGAUCUGUCCACCGGACAGGAUAUGGACUCGGAGUAUGUGAGUUUUCCCAUAAGCUGGAAGAGGCUUCAAUUCCGCAUAGCAACGGCAAACAAUGGGCGAAGGAAGGAGCUACAACAACACUUUGUGGUGCGACUAAAAGUCGUGGUGACUCUAGCAACUGGAGCGAAAAUUCCAGUUUGCGAGGUCCACUCCGGUGCGAUUAUUGUACGGGGACGGAGUCCCAGGAAUUUCCAGUCUCGCAAGGAUUUGCCCAUCAGUGGCGGUGGGAGCACGGCUCGAAAGACUGCGCAUAUGCCACAACAGCCUACUCGAACAUCAACCGGUGAUACAAACCAUACUAACCACAGCAAUAUGCAGAGCAACCACAGCGCCACGAGCAAACCAAUGGAUGUCCUCCAGCUGCCCUUCGAUUUCAGUGCGAAUGAUCUACCGCUCUCUCCGGAUUUCCUGGACUGGAAGAUGCCUGGUGGCGCCAUGACGGCAAUCCCGCCUGACCCACCUUCGGCCCAGAUGCCUCCGAUGACCCCGUAUGCACAGUCUACUCCAGAGAUCUCGAGGAGCGCACCACCGCAACGAUCUUCUAUGGCUCCGGUUACACUGUCCUUAACAGACGACGACCCAAAGAAGUCAGAGUCGCCUUCAGAACAUGCGAAGAAAAGAGCGACGCCAGCUAGGCCGCCAUCAUUCUCUCUCAAUCUCAUCAGCAGCCCUGACGAGAGUGCUGAUCUUCUGUAUGAAUAUUUCCCUCUUGGCCUCGAUGAUUGGAUGCCUCCGGUCGAUGCUGUUUACCGCCCGCAUGUUGUCCACCACACAAACCUUCCACAGGAUCCAAAGGCACUUGCCGUAAAGAACAAGUCUAAGCGGUACUUUUCCGACGCUUGGUGA